GAGGAAAGAAACCUCAAAGCUUCCAGAACACUUCCUGUUGCAGGAAACGAUUUGGCAGGAAUAGAGAUGGCUGCUGAACCAGAAGAGGCUUGCAUCAACUUUGUGGGAAUGAAAUUUAUUGACAACACACUUUACUUUAUAACUGAAAACGAUGAGAACCUGGAAUCAGAUUACUUUGGCAAGCUUGAACCGAAAAUCUCCAUCAUACGAAACCUGAAUGACCAAGUUCUCUUCAUGGACCAAGGACAGCAACCUGUGUUUGAGGAUAUGCCCGAUUCUGACUGUAUAGAAAAUGCACCCCAGACCAUUUUUAUAAUAUAUAUGUAUAAAGACAGCAAUACUAGAGGCAUGGCUGUAAGCCUCUCUGUGAAGUGUAAGAAAAUUUUUACACUCUCCUGUGAGAACAAAAUUAUUUCCUUUAAGGAACUCACUCCUCCUAAUGACAUCAACGAUACAAAAAGUGACAUCAUAUUCUUUCAGAAACAUCUCGCAGGACAGAAAGAUAAGAUGCAGUUUGAGUCUUCAUUGUAUGACGGAUACUUUCUAGCUUGUGGAAAGGAGAAAGAUCUUUUCAAACUUGUUUUGAAACGUAAAGAUGACAAAAACGAUAAAUCUGUAAUUUUCAGUGUCCAAAACAAGAAUUAGACACUAAAAUUCCAUACCUUGGGCUUUCUGAGAUUUUAUAACAGUCUAUGAGCCUUAUCUAGUCGGUUUUGUGUUGCUAUAACAAAAUACCUGAGGCUGGGGAACUUGUAAAGAAGUAUAUUUGGGUCAUGAUUCUGGUGAGUGGAAGGUCCAAACAGCUUCCUGCCAACGGCCCCCACCUGCACCGUGGUGGAGCAAUGGAAAGGGAACUGGCUGUGUGCAAAAGGGGCCAAGCACACGGGUGUCCUCACUUAAUAACCACCUGCUCUCGCAGAGACUCAUCUCUUCUGCGGGUGGUGCCCCCAUAAUCUAAGUCUCUCUCAGCACAGCCCACCUCUUAGAGUCCCCACCACUUCAGUGCUGUGAUGCUGGAGACCAAGCUUCCAGCACAUGAAAUUCAGGUGACAAACCACAACCACACCAUGGCAAGCCUAUAGUUUUAGUAGCGAAAUAAAAUGAAUAAAGGCCUCAAAAGCUGUCACGAAGAAAUAAAUGAGCUUUCAUGAAAUUGAAUUGUACAAUAAAAUAUUUGUAUAAUGUGAAAAAUAAAAGUGUAGCUUGAAAACACAUUCUACAUUA